GCAUCCAUGGAUCGAUCAAUUACCUCGGAGAAAAAAGCCCCGCAGCCGUACAGCGAUGAGGAGGAUGGGGACCUUGAGGUCGCCGCCCAGCUGGAUGAGACGCAGGUGUUCCAGCAGGGUCUGCACCAGCGACAUAUUCAGAUGAUCGCGCUGGCCGGCACGAUUGGCACCGGGCUGUUUCUGAGUUCAGGUCGCGCCAUCGCCCAUGCUGGACCGCUGGGUGCCUUCCUCGCCUACUCAAUCAUGGGCCUGGCGGUGUCGAGCGUGGUCUUCGCGGUGGGUGAAAUGGGCGCGCUGGUGCCGCUGGCCGGCGGUGUGAUCCGGUAUGCAGAGAUCUUCGUCGACCCCGCCCUGGCGUUUGCCAACGGGUGGAACCAGAUUUAUUCGUACCUGGUGUCGAUUCCAUCGGAGAUUGUGGCGGCGGCGGUGGUGAUUGAAUUCUGGACGACGAUCAACAAUGCGAUUUGGAUUACGGUGUUUGGGGUGUUGAUGUUGGUUACCGCGCUGCUGUUUGUGCGGGUGUAUGGGGAGCUGGAGUUUGGGUUUUCCAUUCUCAAGAUUAUGCUCGUCAUUGGGAUCAAUCUGAUGGCGCUGGUCAUUACAUGUGGUGGAGGACCGAAUCAUACCAGUAUUGGCUUCCGGUACUGGCGCGAUCCGGGGCCGUUUGUGCAGUACCUCAACAUUGGCGGCUCGUUGGGACGGUUCCUGGGUUUUUGGACCGCCCUGAACAGCGCUCUAUACUCGUACUCGGGGAUCGAGAAUAUUACGAUUGCAGCAUCGGAAACGCGCUCGCCGCGCCGGUCGAUUCCUAUGGCGGCGCGUCGCAUCUUCGUCCGGAUUCUUCUGUUUUAUGUCUUGACCAUGUUUAUGAUCGGGCUGGUGGUGCCGUCGAAUGAUCCGGAUCUCCUAGGAUCGUCAGGCACAGCAUCCGAGUCGCCGUUUGUCAUUGCGGCGCGCAAUGCAGGCAUCAAAGUGGUGCCAUCGAUUAUCAACGCGGUGGUGCUGACCUCGGCCUGGUCAGCCGGCAACUCCAACAUGCUGGGCGGAUCGCGCGUGAUGUACGCGAUGGCCGCGGAAGGCCACGCCCCGAAAUGGUUCAUGCGGAUGAACCGGUUCGGGAUUCCAUGGGUGGCGGUGACCAUCCUGGGGAUCUUCAUGGCGCUGGGCUAUAUGACGCUGUCCAGCUCGGCCAGCACGGUGUUCACCUGGUUGCAGGACAUUGUGUCCAUUGCCACGCUCGUCAACUGGGGCUGCAUCUGCAUCGUGUACCUGCGAUUCUUCUACGCAUGCAAGAAACAGGGCAUCGAUCGCCACCAAGAGCUGCCCUGGGCCGCCCCGUUCCAACCCUGGAGUACCUGGAUCACACUCGGACUAUUCGGACUAUUAUUCCUCACCGGUGGCUACACGACCUUCAUCCACGGACACUGGAGUACCGAGACGUUCAUCUCAUCGUACUUGAACGUGCCGAUCAUCUUCGUCUUGUACUUUGGAUAUAAGCUAUGGAUGAAGUCGACGAUUAUCCCGUUGGAGGAGGUGCCGGUGCGACCGUUCAUUAAGCAUUAUCAGGAGAACCCGGAGCCGGAACCGGCGCCGAAACGGGGGUUGCGGCGGUUAAACUUUUUGUGGGAGUGAUUAUUAUUUGUGUUU